UUACGUCUAAGGCGUAACCAUGUCGAACCCGGAUAGAAAAUCCAACGAACCAUAUCGCGAAUUGGAAGAAUCGCACGGCGCCGAACUAAACGUUUGCGCUCAGAGCAUGUCAAGUUGUCACACGAGUCUCGAAAAUGGCACUGAACGUUCCAUGGAACUUUCUUCUGUCGUGGUUAUACCUGAUGAAGGGAUCACCUAACUCUAAUGCUAAGGGAAGAACUUUACUCUAUGUAAAUAUCUAACGUCGCAUGGUAACAUAACACCGUGGGAGUUGGUAUUUUACUAAUGACUAUCUUAAGUCUGACUGAUAACAUCACAUAGGACGUUACAUAAAAUGUCUCUAAUAACAGUAUAUGUUAGAAAUGCAUGCACACGAGCAGACAGAUACAUUCACUGUGGUGCAAGCUAUCAAUACACUUGGCUUUGGUAAAUUCCAAGUUAAACUUUCUCUAUUCACGGGCCUCUGUUGGAUGGUAGAUAGCAUGGAAAUCACCAUACUGAGCAUUCUGAGUCCAUCCUUGCAUUGUGACUGGGGCAUUUCCAGAUAUCAACAAGCAUUGACGACAACGGUGGUUUUUCUUGGUAUGAUGUUAAGCUCUACAUUUUGGAAUAAUUUGAGCGAGAGAUACGGCCGUAAGCAAGCUUUAACUUUGUGCGCGGUGCUGCUAUCUUACUACGCCUUUCUCAGUUCGUUCGCACCGAACUUUCUCUGGAUCUUGUUACUUCGGGGAGUUGUAGGGUUUGCUAUUGGUUGUGUACCACAAUCAGUAACAUUGUAUGCGGAGUUCCUCCCAGCGAAGCAAAGAGCAAGAUGUGUUAUUUUACUGGAUUGUUUCUGGGCGCUCGGAGCUUGUUUCGAGGUCGCGAUUGCAUUAAUCGUCAUGCCCAAUUUCGGCUGGAGGUGGCUUCUUAUACUGUCAUCCAUUCCGCUGUUCGUAUUCGCCGUAAUAACACCGUGGCUCCCAGAGUCUACCUUGUUCGACAUGACAACUGGAAGGACAGAUCGCGCGAUCUCGACGUUGGAACGCGUAGCAAGAGAAAAUAAAAAAUCAUUGCCUCUAGGAAGAUUGGUUAUGGAUCGUUUUUAUCAAGGUCAUCAUGGUCGGUUUAGAGAUGUUUUAAGCAAGGAGAUGUGCAAAACGUCCGCCUUACUCUGGCUUGUUUGGAUGAGCACAGCGUUUUGUUACUAUGGCGUGGUGUUAAUGACUACCGAACUUUUUCACACAUCCUCAGAACAAUGCGGCUCAUGGGAUACGACCAAGAAGGAGAACGCGUGCCAAUUUGACUGCCGAUUACGACGCGGCGAUUAUAUCGAUCUGCUUUGGACAACGUUGGCAGAAUUUCCGGGCAUUUUCUCCACCGUCUACGCGAUCGAGAAGAUUGGCAGACGAAAGACUAUGGCCUGCCAGUUGGUGAUGUUCGCCAUGGUGGUCUGUUUCUUAGGCAGGACCUGCCUAUUGAGCAGAGCCGCCUUGACCAUCGCCAUUUUUCUAGCUAGAGGCUUGAUCGCCGGUGUGUUUCAAGCCGCUUACGUGUACACGCCGGAAGUAUACCCGACGCACUUACGUAGCAUAGGUGUGAGCGCGUGUAGCGCCAUGGCGCGAAUCGGCGCGAUGAUCACGCCGUAUAUAGCGCAGGUGUUCCUGCAGUGGUCAAUCACGGGGGCAAUGGCGAUUUAUGCGACGACGGCGUUAUGCGCCGCGAUUGCUACACUCGCACUACCCGUUGAGACCAAGAAUCAACAAUCAAACAAUGCGAGUCAAGAAAAUAGAUAGAUAUUCUUGUUGAAAUAUUUUAGCAGAUUGACAUCGUGAGAUUAUAUAUUACACAUAUAAUAUAGUAACGAUAGCAGUACUUUGUCAACUUUUAACUCGAUUGGGAAUUGAUGUUACAUUGAAGCAAGCGUGAUUAUUAUUAAUAUAUACUUGCACGCUGCGUUUGUUUUCAGUUUAUUUGUAUGGGUAUAUCUUCUAUCAAAUCGCGAACGUACAAUACUAUAUAUAUAUUUUUUAUCUAUUUAUUAUAAUCUACAAUGUUAUGAGAGAUAAAAAUAUGUUUAUUCACGAAAGCGAUUCUAUGGUUAAAUAGAAAACCAAUCGCACAGUACAGAACAUACAAACAAUGCACAAAGACUGAUAUGCAACUGUCAAGAAAAGUGCCAAUAUAAGUAUUAAUCAUGGACGCGCAUCGCUGUCGAUUUUACAUGAGGAACAUCGAAUGUUGUAUAAUUUAGAUUAUAUAUUUGGUAUAAUAAAAUCUUUUAAACUGUA